CGAUCGGAGAUAAGAGACGACCGAGAGCGGAUUGCGCGCGCGGGACAUUCUGAGAUCGCGAGACACGCGAGACACACGCCGGAAGAUGCCGAGGCUGUGGAUGUUUCUGGCCGUGCUCUCGGUGACGGUGCACGCGUCGCUGGAGGAGACCAGGAACAAGAAUCGCGGCAGGGGAUCCACGUGGUGGGGUAUUGCAAAAGCAGGCGAACCCAACAAUUUCUUACCGAUGUCAGCAGGUUCCAUACGCAUGGAACCGAUCUACGCGAACCUAAGAAGAAAGCAGAGGAAGCUCGCAAGAGAAAACCCAGGAGUAUUAAUGGCAGUGUCCAGGGGUGCGAACCAAGCUAUCUCCGAAUGCCAAUAUCAGUUUCGCAACCGGCGGUGGAAUUGCUCGACAAAAAAUUUUCUCAGAGGGAAAAAUCUCUUCGGCAAGAUCGUCGACAGAGGAUGUCGAGAGACCGCUUUCAUCUACGCCAUCACAAGUGCGGCAGUUACUCACAGUAUCGCUAGGGCAUGUAGCGAGGGCAGCAUUCAGUCGUGUUCCUGCGACUAUACUCACCAAUCACGUGCAUCAUCCGCCGUUCGAGAUUGGGAAUGGGGUGGUUGCUCGGAUAACAUUGGAUAUGGCUUCAAGUUCUCUCGCGAAUUCGUCGAUACCGGCGAACGCGGUCGGAAUCUCCGCGAGAAGAUGAAUCUACAUAACAAUGAAGCCGGCAGAGCACAUGUGACUUCAGAAAUGCGUCAGGAAUGCAAGUGCCACGGCAUGUCCGGCUCGUGCACGGUGAAGACCUGCUGGAUGCGGCUGCCGCUUUUCCGCGUGGUCGGCGACAAUCUGAAGGAUCGCUUCGACGGGGCGUCCCGGGUAAUGGUCAGUAAUUCAGACCGCGCGCGCAUCAACAACAAUGCCAUCACCAGCAACUCGGCGAGCAACUCCGUGCACCAGCACCGCGACGGCCUCGGACGCCGGCAUCGCUACAACUUCCAGCUGAAGCCGUACAAUCCGGAGCACAAGCCGCCCGGGCAGAAGGAUCUCGUUUACGUGGAGCCGUCGCCGCCGUUCUGCGAGAAGAAUCCCAAACUCGGCAUCCUGGGCACCCACGGGCGGCAGUGCAACGACACGAGCAUCGGCGUAGACGGCUGCGACCUGAUGUGCUGCGGCAGGGGCCACAAGACUCAGGAGGUGACGGUAAUCGAGAGGUGCUCCUGCACGUUCCACUGGUGCUGCGAGGUCAAGUGCCAGGUGUGCAGGACGAAAAAGACGAUACACACAUGUCUGUGAAAAGAGGGAACCCGGUCGUGAGAUAUCUCGUAAUAUCUUUAUAAUCUUCGAGGUAACCUUUCGUGCAGGGUUAAACGAUCAAAGUUUAAUUCGAACUUUCUCUGUUUUCGCGGUAACCCCCCUCCCCCUUGCAUAACGAUACGUUGAGGAAUUCAAAGGAUUGAGACUACUCUUCUUUUUUUUUAACUCAAGAAUCCUCGUAGUUUCUUUCGUGGACGAUCGACGGUCUGUUUCUGCGAGAGAUCCCGCCGUGGGUCUUGCCGGACGGGGAUCGAAGUCGUCGUGGAGUCCCGCGAGGAACUCGCGGAACCUCCUCGUCUCCAGUAUUACGCGAAACGAACGAAACCACAUAUAUUUAUUACGUCGCGUCGCGCGCGUAUUAAAGACUGAGAUGGUGAGAAGCGUUCGUGCGAUUGUAGGUUUUUAAGGCUUUAAGAUAGGCAAGACUACGGGAUGUGCGGGAAGGGAUGUGUGCGGUAGAAACGGUGUAAAUACCGG